AUGUUCACAGAACUGCUUCCGAUAAUAACAGAAAGUGCUCCGAAAUUGGGCUACCAGCUCCAGAACGAAAAGGACAUCGGGAGCAGGAGAGGCAAGUUCAGGCUUUCCACUAAAAUAUUUCCCCGCACGUAUGGCAGAAAUGGAGUUGUGAACAUAGCCAUUCACGACACAAGUGAAAAAUUCCCCAUUCUUUCGAAAGACUUCCUAAAUGACUGUCUCUAUUUACCAACAGAUAUGUUCGAGGUUCUCAAACGUUCGCACGAAUAUUUUGUUUCCCACAUACCUGAUCACUAUGCUCCAAACACAUACUCGGGCGAAGGCAUUGUUUUCAUUGGCGGUGGGAAGUUCUCGUGGCUCUCUUUGUUGAGUAUUGAAAACUUGAGAUCAGCGGGUUCCAAAUUGCCAAUAGAGGUCAUGAUCCCACAACCAGAAGAAUACGAGCCGCAAAUGUGUGAAAUAAUAUUACCAAGGUUGAAUGCAAAAUGUCUUCUAUUGUACGAAAUUUUCCCUGACAUCAUGUCUUCUGAGAAAACAAAGAAGAAGGACAGCACUGGUUUCAAAUUGACAGGUUACCAAUACAAAUCAUUGUCACUAUUAGCAUCAACUUUUGAAAAGGUGCUAUUUUUAGAUUCAGACAACAUAUCUGUUUUGAAUCCAGACGUUUUGUUCCAUUCAGAGCCUUUUACUUCCCACGGGAUGAUUCUAUGGCCAGAUUUCUGGAGAAGAGUCACUCAUCCAAUGUUUUACGAUUUGGCAGGUUUCAACAUAACCGAGAGAAGAGUGCGAAAUUUAAUGGAUAAAGUGACUCCUCCAGAGGUUUACACGACCGGUGCUGAGGAUCCGGAUACAGAAGUACCGCUACACGAUAGAGAAGGUGCAAUACCGGAUUUGUCAACGGAAUCGGGUCAAAUCAUUGUUGACAAGAAGACACAUUUUAAGGCUUUGUUGUUGAGUUUCUAUUAUAAUGUUUACGGGCCUAGACACUUCUAUCCAUUGUUUUCACAAGGUGGUAACGGUGAGGGAGACAAAGAAACUUUCAUUGCUGCGAGUGUGUUCUAUAAUCUUCCUGUCUAUCAGAUGAACAAACCUGUUGGUGUUGUUGGCCAUUGGAGCAAUGAUGAUUACGAAGGUGUCGGAAUGAUUCAAUACGAUCCGAUUAUAGAUAAACUCAAUGAAGAUCACUACAAAAAUGAGAUUCUUAGAAGAAUAAAUGAAGAGGGCGACAAUUUUCAUUAUGGCAAAAUGGACUUCUUCAACUACUUGAAUGACGCAGAGGCUAGACCAAUGUUCUUCCAUAGCAAUUAUCCUAAGCUUGAUCCCAUCUCCUUGUUUGGUGAAAACAAGUUAGUUGAUCCGGACGGUAACCAGUGGAGAAUGUACAGUGAUCAGCCGGAUAUUGGAUUUGAUUUUGAAUUGAAGCAAUGGCAGUUAAUCAACAAGUAUUUCUGCUCUGUUGAUGAGCCAUUUCAGAUGAGGUAUCUGGAAGACUCAAAUGUAUCAAUGGAAAAAUUGUGUAGAGCCAUUGAGUCCAGAUUAGAGUUUUUACGCUCUACGGGUUUGAGGUUCAAUUAUGAUUAG